AAACGCAAAUCUGAGAAAACUGGGCGAUGAUGGAUGCCAAAACCUUCCGUCAGUCGCACACAGCGAGUCAGCGACACCAUCUCGAGCUUCUCUGCUUCUGAUUCCGCCACCGUCUCCGACCUUCUCGAUCGCCACGUCGAUCUAGGGUUUUCCUUCCUCCGCUCCCUUCUCCGCGGCCAUGUCGAAGAGGAAGUUCGGGUUCGAAGGGUUCGGCAUCAACCGGCAGGCCACCUACAACUUCGAGCGAUCCCAGCCCCCGCAGCGUCUCUACGUCCCGCCUUCCUCCCGCGCGCACGGCCACGACAACUACGAGGACACCGACCUCGACGACAUCGAGUACGAUGAGGGCGGGGGCGGGGGCGGGGGCGAGGACGCCGCCGCCGCCGCCGCCGAGAGGGAGGGCGGCGGCGCGGGUGGCGGGGGCGAGGAGAUCGACCCGCUGGACGCGUUCAUGGAGGGGAUACACGAGGAGAUGAGGGCCGCGCCGCCCCCGAAGCCGAAGGAGAAGGUGGAGAAGUACCGGGACGACGAGGAGGACGAUCCGGUGGAGAGCUUCCUGCGGGCGAAGAAGGACGUGGGGCUCACGCUGGCGUCGGACGCGCUGCACGCCGGUUACGAUUCGGACGAGGAGGUUUAUGCGGCCGCCAAGGCAGUCGACGCCGGGAUGUUGGAGUACGAUUCGGACGAUAAUCCGAUUGUGUUGGAUAAGAAGAAGAUUGAGCCGAUUCCGGCUCUGGACCAUAGUGAGAUUGAUUAUGAGCCGUUCAGUAAGGAUUUUUACGAGGAGAAGGAGUCAAUUUCAGGGAUGAGUGAGCAGGAUGUCGCUGAUUAUAUGAAGAGUGUGGCUAUCCGGGUGUCUGGAUUUGACGUCCCAAGGCCGGUCAAGGCAUUUGAUGAUUGUGGCUUUUCUCCUCAACUUAUGAAUGCUAUUGCGAAACAGGGAUAUGAAAAACCCACUUCGAUACAGUGCCAAGCUUUACCAAUUGUGCUCUCAGGAAGAGACAUCAUCGGUAUAGCAAAGACUGGUUCCGGUAAAACCGCUGCUUUUGUGCUUCCUAUGAUAGUGCAUAUCAUGGAUCAACCUGAACUGGCGAAGGAAGAGGGCCCAAUUGGGGUGAUAUGUGCUCCAACCAGAGAAUUAGCACACCAAAUAUAUUUAGAGUGCAAAAAAUUUUCAAAAUCUCAUGGCAUACGUGUCUCUGCCGUUUAUGGUGGAAUGUCCAAACUGGAACAGUUUAAGGAAUUGAAGGCGGGAUGUGAGAUAGUUGUUGCAACUCCUGGAAGAUUGAUAGACAUGCUAAAAAUGAAGGCACUGACAAUGUUGAGAGCAACUUACUUGGUUCUUGAUGAGGCUGAUAGAAUGUUUGACCUUGGAUUUGAGCCGCAAAUAAGGUCUAUCGUUGGCCAAAUUAGGCCUGACCGUCAGACAUUACUAUUUUCAGCAACUAUGCCUCGAAAAGUCGAGAAGCUAGCCAGAGAAAUCCUCUCGGAUCCCAUAAGAGUUACUGUGGGAGAAGUGGGAAUGGCCAAUGAAGAUAUCACACAGGUUGUUCAUGUCAUUCCUUCUGAUGCAGAAAAGUUGCCUUGGCUUAUUGAGAAACUACCUGCACUGAUUGACGAGGGAGAUGUGCUAGUAUUUGCCUCAAAGAAGGCUGCCGUGGAUGAGAUUGAGUCACAGUUGUCUCAAAGAGGAUUCAAAGUUUCUGCUCUUCAUGGUGACAAGGACCAGGCUUCUCGGAUGGAAAUUCUCCAAAAAUUUAAAUCUGGCAUAUAUCAUGUUCUUAUUGCGACAGAUGUGGCUGCUCGGGGUCUCGACAUCAAGUCGAUUAAGUCAGUUGUAAACUUUGAUAUUGCACGUGAUAUGGACAUGCAUGUCCAUCGCAUUGGUAGAACAGGUCGUGCAGGUGACAAGGAGGGGGUUGCAUAUACUCUUAUAAUGCAAAAGGAGGCUCGAUUUGCUGGGGAGUUGGUUAAUAGUCUGAUAGCCGCUGGUCAGAAUGUUUCAACGGAGCUCAUGGAUCUUGCCAUGAAGGAUGGAAGAUUUAGGUCCAAACGCGACUCGAGAAAAGGGGGUGGGAGAAAGGGUCGGGGAAGAGGGGGUGGCGGUGGCGGUGGCGGUGGCGGUGGUGGUAGAGGCGUCCGUGGAGUGGAUUUUGGUUUGGGUAUAGGAUAUAAUCCGGAGUCAAGUGCAUCGUCUCAGAAUGCUCCAAGUCGACCAGCAGCUGUUAACUCAUUGAAGACUGGGAUGAUGGCUCAAUUUAAAAGUAACUUUGUGGCUGCUGCUUCUAACUCCCAAAAUCAAGUCAUAAGUAGCAGUUCAAACAUGCAAGCGAGCAAGAGACCGGCGAUGACUGGAUUUGUAUCUGGUGGUACUAUAGGAGGAGAUGCUUACAAAGGUCAGACAACUAAGUCAUCUAGUACUCCCGCAUCAGGAGUAAAUCCUACUGGUCAGAGACCUACAGAGAAUGCUGGUCGUAGAAGUUCAGAAAGCAGUAGAGAUAAAACGAGGGAAAGGCGUCGUCCCUCUGGCUGGGACCGUUGAUUUAAUGAAAGCUAGACCUAUGUUGACAGAAUCUUUUAAUCCCUGAAGGAUUGUCCAGAUGUUAUUUUGUCUGUAAUUUUGUAGGUUGAGUAAGUUUCUCAUCUGUAAGUUAAUGUUCAAAUAUGUUUCAUAUCUACAGCAUUGAAAAUCCACUCCAGAUGUAGCAGGAGUACAUGAGUUUUUUACUCUUGUACAAAAGCCGCGUUUCUCUUCUCUGAAAAUUCUUUUGAAAGAAUCCAAUUGAAGUAAAAGAAAUGCAAGAUUUCUUUGUUUA